UACACAAGACAAGUGUCAAACCACAGAAGUGCCUCCUUUCUCACCUGAACAGUAAGCUGUGUAUUUAUGUCAGUUUUGUUUUUAUUUAUUUAGAAAUAACACGUUCGUGUGGGGGGGUUAAAGUGAGUGUGGUCGGUUUAAUCCGAUUUAACGGCAUAGCCUCGCUAAUGACUUAGUUUUGAAUGUUAGCACAACCUUGGGGACUGAACUCUCACUCAGCAGACUCAGCUAGCAGCAGGAACCUGACAGCUGAUAAACACGGAUGGCUCAGGCAGACAGCAAGGUGCUGGUUCUGGGAGCGUUAGCUGGAGUGGCUGGCAUUAGCUUGGCUGUGGUCUGUUACCAGGGUUUUAGAUCAAGGCGAAGAGCCUCAUGCCCUGGGUUCUACCGCAUAAAUGACCAGGGGUCGAGUCUCAUGUUGGUGGACGGUCCUGGACUGUCUGGUGGUCAGGCUGAGGUGCUGGAGCGCCUUGAAGCCCUGAUCCAGUGUGUGUCUGAGCUGAAGGAUGAGAUGAAGGCGUUGAAGAGUGCUCUGCCAAUGCUCCCAGACCAAGUCAGGGAGGAGCUGAGGGGACGCGAUGAGGUGCGUCGAGUCAGCCCUCUGCACAGGACCACGCCAACACGACGGAAAAGGGCUGCCGGCGCCAUCGCAGGGUCCAGAGCUGAGGGUCGCAGCUCAGAGGAGGCAGAGAGUGAGGGAGGGUACAUGACUGCACUGACAGACUCAGACGAAGACGAGCCCAGUGAUACGGAGCAGAGGGAUGAAGAGCCGCCUGUGGACAAGUUAUCUGUCCUCCUGGAGAGAAUUGACCGACUGCAUCAGGGCAGUGAAUCUGACAAAACAGAAAGUCUCAAUAUCCUUUUGGGGCAGAGAGAGGAGUUCGGACAGAAUUCAACAUUUCUUUGGCGACUAAUCCGAGCUUACUGUGAUGUUCAUGACAUCAGCUGCACUCUGGAAGAGAAGAAGACCCAUGCAGAAAGUGGGAAGAAAGUUGGUGAGCAGGCGGUGAGCUUGAAUCCUGCAUGUGCUGAAUCUCAUCAGUGGUAUGCCAUCAUGUGUGGAAUUAUGGCUGAAUAUGACACAGUACAAAACAAGAUAAAGAACGGAUACAUAUUUAAGGAUCAUCUGGAUAAAGCCAUCGAGCUGAAGCCACAGGACCCCAUGUCCUACUACCUGCUGGGCCGCUGGUGCUACGCUGUGGCUCAGUUGUCAUGGAUCGAGAGGAAAGUUGCUGCAACUCUAUUUGGAGAACCUCCGAGUGCUACAGUGGAAGAUGCACUGAAGAAUUUUCUAAAAGUUGAGGAGAUCCAUCCAGCAUAUUCCAAACUCAACUAUGUAUUUCUAGCUAAGUGCUUCAAAGACCUGGGCCAAAUGGAAAAGGCCAGGAAGAUGUGUGAAGCUGCUUGUUCAAUGAACGCCGUGUCCAAAGAGGAUGAAGAGGCCCAAAAGGAGCUGGACUUACUCUGCCCAGCCCUUGGGGUGUGACAGCAGUGAAAAGUGAACUUUCUACAUACUACUAGCAUCAUAUGAGAAUGUGGGGAUAUACCAUAUGUUGGUAGGCCGUCAUGUUAAUUCAUUCUGUGGGUGUAGGGAAGUACGUCAUGGCAUGAUAUCAUCCAUGGGAGCAGAAGGCCGCCACAUUCAGAACCGUCCUUUGUACUUUUAAAUCAGACUUGCAUUCUGAUGUUUUCCUUAUGAGCACAUUUGCAAUGAUGGAAAACAAACGUAAUGACAUCUCUGUCCAUCAGGUUAAUUGGACUGACGUAGCAGACAUUCUCUCAGAGGUCUGAUUGCUCUGAUAGAGAUGGCGUCUCAAGGAUACUGUUUCCUUGACAAUAAAGACCUAUCGCUCGUUGGAAAAGUGAACCACAGGACUUGCUGUUCCUUCCUCUUCCGUCCUGUGUUUUGUUGCAUCUCCCACCACACAUUCAAGUGACAACAACAAAAGCCCAUCAGACAAUGGUGCACCCAAACAUCUUGGAAUGCUGUGGCCACUGGUUCACCUCACAGUUCGCCCUCCCUCCUUGUCAUACAGACCUGCAUUAAGCUCUCUUGUACCAUUUACAUGCAGACUUUGUUAAAUGAUUACCACACCCGCACUCACACGAACAGGUAAAUGUGUUCCUUGGUGAUGUCUUCUGUGAUCUGUUUCAUGACAUCUGAUGGACUGUGGUUGUCGGUGUUGGCAUCUGUCCAUUGAAGAGUUACCUACUGCCACUCAGCUGCUGUGGCAGUUGUGUCAGAGCAGUUAAUCAAAUGAUCCCACAUGAAGAAAACACAGCAGACUGUUAAACAACCGUUGAUACAGAAAGGCCUUUAAUGUUAUUCCUGGACCCCUCCUAUGUGAAAAUGUCAACAACCAUCUGAUGCAUCUUACUUUGAACUCUCAAUCAGACACUUCCCAUGUGAAUAUAUCAGAUCUGGCUGAUAUGUGUGAUUUGACCUUAGAUGUCUGAGGUCUUGAGUUUAAUGUGCCCUUUUGCAUGUUUGUCAUAUCAUGGAAAAAAAAAAAAAGAACUCAUAAAUGAUGAAGUUCUUUCCUCUUAAGGUUUUAUAUGAAACAAAUCCCCUUUUGCAGUCCAUAUUUCCACUUCCUGGGGGUUAGCUAACACCUCAGAUUUUUCACAUGUUCUAUUUUUAACAUUUACAUGAAGCUCUGAUUCAAUUAUAUUUUAUCAGCCUGAAAUGGUAUUUAAAUCAGCUUGAUCUAUUAUGAAUUUUAUCUAGACAUUGGUUCUUGUUUUUUUUACUGGCUUUUUCAACAUCAAAGGAACUGGUGAGCCAUCUUAAUCACACCACUUGAAGUUAAAAAAGGGUUUAAUGUUUAUAGGAGGCUCUCAUUGCACGACAUGAUGUAUAUACAACACCUAGUUAUUCUGGUUGAGGUUCAAUUAAGGUUUGGCACAGGUUCCAGUUAAUGUAAAAACAUAUUUAUAGUGGUGAAAUAUGGUGAACAUAGGAUACAUAAGUACUCUGAAGAACAAAUGACGUGUUUAGAUGCAUAUGUUGUUUAAAAAUGACCUUACUGGAGUUACUUUUUGCCAUCUGAACUUCUCAAUGUGGCAGAAAGGUUAGAUUCAUGACGAAUGCAUAAAGCAGCAAAGGCAGCUCCACUGCUUCAGCAUAUUGCAAUGAUUCAUACAGUUGCAUUCCAGGUUAGACAAUGGCACUAAAAUGUGACUCAAUUAGACUAAAGUAAUGUCUGAUUUUAUUUUAUUUUUUACUGUUUCUCACAUUCCUAAUUGUUUUGUUGAUGUUUCAGCUCAGUCUAAGUAUGAUGCAUUUUAGAAUAAUGUGCAUUGUAUGAGUGUUUUAGUUUGGUUUACUUUGGAGAUUUGUUGUGCACUCUGGUUAAUUCUUAUUUAAUUAUGUGUUUUGCCUGCAGUGUAUAAAUUACAAGAAGAAUAGUUUUUGUCACUUUACAGAUUUUUCUACCAGCACUACGAAUGUACUUGAUUUUUUUUUUUUUCAAAUGCCAAAGCAAAUUCAAUAAUCCUCGAGGUGAUAUCAAAUCUGAUAGAGUUUAUACUGUGCAGUAUCAUAGGUUGUGUGCACUGAAUGAUUAAUGGUACUGUAGUGUGUAAUUAAAUCUGUGCAAUCCUGAUGAAAGUUCA